AGUUUAAUCUACAAACUUUACCGGGCUACUUAUCAAUUAUUAAAGUGGAAAAUCUUUUUAAAUCAAUCUUAGAUUGAAUGAUUGAACUAUGAGAGGAUACUUGAAGUGCGAAGACAGAGGUGUCUUUCAGUUAGGACCGAAGAUAACAACCGUCGGCAGGGAAGGCUGUGAUCUUGUUGUUGCGACACCUGGAACUGAUCAACAACAUGCCAUAAUUGAAUUUAGCGAUUCAGAAGAUUGUUUCGUUCUCCAAGAUUUAAAUACUGCUCAAGGGACUUAUGUGAACGACUGCAGAAUUCAGAACGCGGCUGUGAGAUUGGCUCCUAGCGAUAUCAUUCGCUUCGGCUUUAACGGAGAAGCGUACGAACUAGAAGUCGAAUAUGAUUCCAAAGUUGCGUAUCCGCCUGUUAGACAGAGGACUGCUUGGAAUCAACCGAUAACUGUUAUAGAAGAGGCUCCCUAUCCUCAUAGGCCUAUGCAAACAGAUUCGGCUAGGGGUCUUCCCACUCUAGACAAUGCUGUUGCCACUCAUUCAACAACCUGGACGACGAGUCAACAAAUUCCUUUACCUCGUCCGCCAAACCUUCGACAAAGACCUGCAAGCGCUUCCAACGUAAUUCAAAGGACGAAAGCAAGCCAGGAAAGAACAAACGGCUGGAUAGGACCAGGACCUACAUCUCGUCCUUCUGCGCAAGCCAUACAACAGAAUCUUCAAGACCAACUCAACGCUAAGGAACAAUUGAUUAUUCAAUUGCAAAAUGACGUCAAACGAUUGACAAUUACAGAAGUAGAAUUGACUAGAAGGGAGAAUACAGUCCGACAACUAAAAAAUGAAAUAGUUGAUCUCCAGUCAAAGUUAAGAGAUGCUCAGAUAAAAUCUACAACAGUUGUCUCAACUGAUAACGACCUAAACAAUAAAGUUUCUCAACUGGAAAACGCUAUCGCUCUGAAAGAGGACGAAAUAACUCGUCUCAGAGAUCGAAUUCAACAGUUAAGCUCAUCCGAAAGCGAAAAUGGAGCAAUAUCGAAGCAGGAAUACAAUGAAAAAGUUCUCGAGAUAUCUCGACUACAAUCAGAGAUUGAAAGAAUAAGAAAGGAAAAGAAUUUAACAAAUAGCGUCCUAUCUCAAAUUCAAAAAGAUAUGACUGCAAAAGAUACAUCAAUAAGUCGUUUAGCUAGAGAAGUAGAAAAUCUAAGAGCUGAAAACAAGGAAAAGGAGGGACAAUUAAAUGCCAUGCAAAGCAAGUAUCAAAAAGUCACUGAGGAUAGGAAGGUUAUCGACGAACAGGACAAUAAGGAUAAGGAGCUAGCUCUACUGAGACAGAAAUUCAAGGACACGGAGUCCCAUUUACAGGAUCAAAUGACUCUAAAUAACGAUUUAAAAUCUGAGAUUGAAAAAACAAAGACUGCUCUCCAGGAAGAAAUAGAUAAACAAAGAAAAUUCCAAUUGGAGGUAGAAAAGUCCAAUUCAAAAUUUGCCGAUAUGGAAAGAGCAGAGAGGCAAACACGAAUUGAUUUGGAGAAUUUAAAGAAAAAACUAGACAGAUUUAGAAAUCGAGUAGUUCAAGUUACAUUCUCAACACCUGGAAUUAGAGCUCCAAGCGAUGAAAUUUCAGAUGAUGCUUUAAUGGAAACAUUGAAAAAGCUGAUCGACGAAAGAACUGAUUUGACUAAAAAGAUAACUGAUCAGAAAGAGCAAUUAUCAUCGCAUGCAACAUCUAAGAAGGUAGAAGCCGAUUCUGCAAGGAAAAUUAGAUCUUCUUUAGCCGAGACAACGGAACAUCUGAAAAGUAAAGGAGUACUUUCGAAUAAUAUCAAGAAUAGAAUCGAAUUAUUAAAGACCAUAAGUGUUUGUGAUGAACUUAAAGGGAUAAAAGAAGAAGUUAUAAAUCUUCUCCAGACUGUUUCCGAUUGGCAAGGAGAUAUUGAAUCUAGCUUGGAAGUUUGUGGAAUAAAUACUAGAAUAUCUGAAGAUUCUCACGCAAAGCAUAUAGUCAGUCUAAGCGACACUUGGGAAGCUGCCAGAGUCGAUAAGGAACGUCUACAAACAAGAUUAGAUGAAAUUGAAACUAAACACCUAGAGGAAAUGAAAAAGAGAAUAGAAGAAACUCGAACAGAGAUGACUGAAGUGAAUAAAUUAGAGUUGGAAAGGAAAGAAAUAUCAUAUAAAGAGCAGUUUGAACAAAAAUUCGAACAAUUCAUUGAUGAACAGAAGGAAAAACUCGCUAGCAUGACAGCCGAUAAUGCAGCUAAAUUUGCUGAAAAGGAGAUUAUAAUUGAACAAUUAAAAUUGGGAAUAUCUGAGAAAAAUCAACAAAUUUCAACGAUUAAAGAGGAAGCUGAACAAUUAUAUUCUAAAGUAUCAGUCCUAGAAACGAAUAAGAUCGAAUUAAUGAAAGAAUUAGAUAUUUCAAAGACCGAAAAACUAGAAGAACUAGAAAAAUUCAGAAUUGAACAAAAUACAGGAGAACAGAAGCUAGAAUCAACAAUAGGAUCUUAUAAGGAACAAAUUCGCCAACAUUCUCUAACAAUUUGUCAAUUGGAGGAGAAAUUGAAAAAAUCUUUAGAAUCAAAAAAACAAUUGCAACUUGAACUGCAACAGCAUAAGCAAACUGUUACGGAAUUAAGAACAAAAGCCACUUAUAGGCCGCCAGUCGAACCUCCAAAACCUAAAGUUGUUAUCCAGAAGCAGGCAACUGAUUUUUCAUCAUUGGAACAAUUAGUUAUCGGCUUAAGAAAGGAAAACGCUGAAUAUAAGAAACAACUAACCGAUCAACAACAGAUUGUUCUGGGUUUAAGAAGAGAUUUGGCAAGUUCUGAAGCAAGAUUAUCCGAUAUAAAAGGAGAAUUCAGUGAAGAAUACAAGAGAGAGAUGGAAAAGAACAAGUCAAAGGUUACGGAGAGUGAAUCUGAGUUAAUACAACUCCGUCAGCAAAUGGUUCAAUUGUCAAAAAUCAUAGACAAACAAGCAAGCGAUAUUAAUGAUCUAAGAGGAGAAUUGGCCAAGAGUAAAUCGGCCUUAUCCAAGUUUAAGACUAUCAACAAUGACAAACAAAAUGAAAUUGUACAGUUGAAAGAUAAGCUGGCAGUUGAAAAAGAACACAUUACUAAAACUAAAGAAAGUAUUGAGGAAGAGGGAAAAAUCUCUCAACACCUUUCCGCUCUUGGAGCUCAAUGCAGAGGAGAAAGACACGAACAGACUAUCGUUAGACAACGUGAAGCCCUAGCCGAAUUAAGAGCCCGAAUAAAGGCUUUAGAACAAGUUCGUCCAAAUAUUCCAACUCAUGAUCAAGCUCUUCAACAAGUUGUUAUGCUCAAAAAAGAACUGGCUGAAAUGCGAGCUGGUCAACCAGCAGAAGCCACAAUUGAUACAAGUACUCUAGCUUCUCAGGUGAAUAGGGCACGAGGUAUCGCUGCUCCUACCCCACAAAUGCAAGCUGCCUCCGACCUAGAGAGGUCAGCGCAUAGAGAAACGCUACAAAGUUUAGAAGCUAGCGAAACUACUUACCUGACACUACUCCGAGGGGUUGCAUCCUCAUUAGAGUUGGAUGAAAUUGGUGGUUUACGAUCAAUGAGUCACCUUUCAAAAGAGGAGAGGCAGCGUCUUCAACAAGAAAGGGAGAGAGCUUGCGAAGUAGUUACUAGCCGUAUUAAAGUGUUAAAGGAAAGACUUUUACGAAAGGAUGAACUUUUGCAAGGCUACGAAAAUGAUUUAUCCAAACUAAGAAAUGCAGAAACUAUAGCUUCGUCUAAAACAGCCCAGGUUGAUUCGCUUUCAAAAGAUAUUCGUACAAGAACUGAAGAGAGUGAAUACUUAAGAGAAUCUCUACACAGAACAAGAGAGAGACUAGAACAAGAAAAACGACUAAAUUCUGCUAUUAAACAAAAGAAGACGUUCCACUUGGAGAAGAAAGAUGGAUCACAAAACGGAUGGCCGAAACAUAAUUGCGAACCUCCGGAUUAUAGAGGAAAGAAAGAGAAGAGGAAAAAGGCUGUAGAAGAGAAGAUUAAGCGUAAGAAUUACGAAAUAAAUACACUCAAGAAUGAAUUAUCUUCAAGAGAACUAGAUCUUGCUGAUACAAGAAAGAGAUUAAUUAAUCUCGAAUCUAACUUGAGUGCUGCGGACUCUCCAUUUUAG